UGGGGAGGCGGAAACAGUGAUCGGGAGCUGACCCCACCCAGGAAAUGUGACUAACUGGGCAGCACGGGCUGGCCCGGCUGCUGAGGAGCCUGCGGGGCUGAUCCGGACGCAGCAAUGUACACACCCAUCCCGCACAGCGGCUCCCCGUUCCCAGCCUCCUCCGUGCAGGCUCCCGGCCUGCACAUAUGGCGCGUGGAGAAGCUGAAGCCGGUGCCCGUGGCGCCCGAGAACCAGGGCGUCUUCUUCUCGGGGGACUCCUACCUGGUGCUGCACAACGGUCCGGAAGAGCUCUCGCACCUGCACCUGUGGAUAGGCCAGCAGUCGUCCCGCGAUGAGCAGGGGGCCUGCGCCGUGCUGGCCGUGCACCUCAACACCCUGCUCGGGGAGCGGCCGGUGCAGCACCGCGAGGUGCAGGGCAACGAGUCCGACCUCUUCAUGAGCUACUUCCCGCGAGGCCUCAAGUACCAGGAAGGUGGCGUGGAGUCGGCAUUUCACAAGACGUCACUGGGGACAGCCCCGGCUGCCAUCAAGAAACUCUACCAGGUGAAGGGGAAAAAGAACAUCCGGGCCACUGAGCGGGCGCUGAGCUGGGACAGCUUCAACACCGGGGACUGCUUCAUCCUGGACCUGGGCCAGAACAUCUUCACCUGGUGCGGAGGGAAGUCCAACAUCCUGGAGCGCAACAAGGCUCGGGACCUGGCCCUGGCCAUCCGGGACAGUGAGCGGCAGGGCAAGGCCCAGGUGGAGAUCAUCACCGAUGGGGAAGAGCCCGGCGAGAUGAUCCAGGUUCUGGGCCCCAAGCCUGCUCUGAAGGAGGGCAACCCCGAGGAGGACCUCAGAGCCGACCAGACCAAUGCCCAGGCUGCAGCUCUGUACAAGGUCUCCGAUGCCACCGGAAAGAUGCACCUGACCAAGGUGGCCGACUCCAGCCCCUUCGGCCCCGAGCUGCUGAUCCCUGACGACUGCUUUGUGCUGGACAAUGGGCUCUGCGGCAAGAUCUACAUCUGGAAGGGACGAAAAGCUAACGAAAAGGAGCGGCAGGCAGCCCUUCAAGUGGCCGAGGACUUCAUCUCCCGCAUGCAGUAUGCUCCGAACACUCAGGUGGAGAUCCUGCCCCAGGGCCGAGAGAGCCCCAUCUUCAAGCAAUUCUUCAAGGACUGGAAGUGAGGGUGGGCGGCUACCUGCCCUGCACCCUGCCCGCGCCCCCGCCUGCCUGCGCCUCCUCCUGGUGCCCUGCCAGUGUGCAAUAAUAAAGUAAACACGUGCCUUCCCA